AUGUGGUCGCCCACGCCCGGCCCCGCGGAGCCGUACCGUGACGGGUGUCGCUCGUUGCACUUGCUGGCCGCGAGGGGAUGCUCGUGGCAGGCCGUCUCUGACUGCACGUCUUCGAAAGAAAGCGGGCUCCCGAGGAGAGCGUGGCAGGCCAUCUCCGACUGCACGUCUUUGAAAGAAACGCGGGAUCCCGAGGAGAGCGUGUCAGGCCGUCUCCGACUGCACGUCUUCGAAAUAAACGCGGGCUCCCGAGGAGAGCGAGGCAGGCCGUCUCCGACUGCACGGCACCGAAAGAAAGCGGGCUCCCGAGGAGAGCGAGGCAGGCCAUCUCCGACUGCACGUCUCGGAAAGAAAAGCGGGCUCCCGAGGAGAGCGAGGCAGGCCAUCUCCGACUGCACGUCUUCGAAAGAAACGCGGGCUCCCGAGGAGAGCGUGGCAGGCCGUCUUCUGCUGCACGUCUCCGAAAGAAAAGCGGACUCCCGAGGAGAGGCAAGGGUGAAGCUGCGUCCGGACGUCGCGAGCCCCCCUCGCAUGCCGGCACUCUUCCCGACGAUACGGGCUCUGGCAGCCGUGCUGCUCCUCGUCGGCCGGCCUCGGGAAUCGACAUGUCCGCCAUCAAGCCAGGCCGCUGGCUCCGGCACAAGCCUCACGGGACCGGCGGUGACGGCAGGGACUGAUGACGACCAACGCCUUUUCUCAACCAAAAUGUCUAUGGAGGAUGGCAGAUCUACUCGCUCUCCGGCGAGGUUCCCAAGUCCGUCUACGCCCCAUCAACACAGUGGCCCAAUCGCCGCCCGUGCACGGAUGGCAUUCGACGCCGAGGCGCGAGCUCAAGGCCCGCGAAGCAGCAGCAGCGUCUCGGGCUCCCUCGUGCAGUCUCCCCGUUGGUCGGGCCGGUCGUCUCGAUCCCCCCGUCCUCGCAGCUCGGCCUGCUUGUUGAGGUAG